ACAGACGCGCGCCCUUUUCUGAGGACUGCGUCCGCUCAGCGCGCGCUGACCGAGAGCCUCGGCGCGCUCCCAGUACCGCGGACGUCCCUCCCGCCAACCGCACCCAUGCUUCUGGCACGGAUGAACCGGCAGGUGCAGCCGGAGAAUAGCGGGACGGACUCCGAGUCCGAGCAGCCCCUGCCGGCGCGCAAAGCUGCGGAGCUGUUGGUAGUGAAGGAGCGCAACGGUGUCCAGUGCCUCCUGGCGCCCCGGGGUAGGGACGAGCAGCCCCGGGAGACCUGGGGCAGAAAGAUUGACUUCCUGCUCUCAGUGGUCGGCUUCGCGGUGGACCUGGCCAACGUGUGGCGCUUCCCUUACCUCUGCUACAAGAACGGCGGCGGUGCCUUCCUGAUCCCCUACACGCUGUUCCUCAUUAUCGCUGGGAUGCCCCUCUUCUACAUGGAGCUGGCGCUGGGCCAGUUCAACCGGGAAGGGGCAGCCACGGUGUGGAAGAUCUGCCCGUUCUUCAAAGGAGUCGGCUACGCUGUGAUCCUCAUCGCCCUCUACGUUGGCUUCUACUACAAUGUCAUCAUCGCCUGGUCCCUCUACUACCUCUUCUCCUCGUUCACCUUCACCCUGCCCUGGACCAACUGUGGCCACGCCUGGAACAGCCCCAACUGCACGGACCCCAAGCUCCUCAACGCCUCCGUGCUGGGCAACCACACCAAGUACUCCAAGUACAAGUUCACACCGGCAGCAGAGUUCUACGAGCGCGGCGUCCUGCACCUUCACGAGAGCAGCGGGAUCCACGACAUCGGCCUGCCCCAGUGGCAGCUCCUGCUCUGCCUCAUGGUCGUUGUCAUCAUCCUGUUCUUCAGCCUCUGGAAGGGAGUGAAGACGUCAGGAAAGGUCGUGUGGAUCACAGCCACGCUGCCUUACUUCGUGCUGUUCGUGCUCCUGGUCCACGGCCUCACGCUGCCCGGCGCCUCCAGCGGCAUCAGCGCCUACUUGCACAUCGACUUCUACCGCCUGAAGGAGGCCACGGUAUGGAUUGAUGCUGCAACUCAGAUAUUUUUUUCCCUCGGGGCCGGAUUUGGAGUCUUGAUUGCAUUUGCCAGUUACAACAAAUUUGACAACAACUGCUACAGGGACGCCCUGCUCACCAGCACCAUCAACUGUGUCACCAGCUUCAUCUCCGGCUUUGCCAUCUUCUCCAUCCUCGGCUACAUGGCCCAUGAACACAAGGUCAACAUCGAGGAUGUUGCCACUGAAGGAGCUGGUCUGGUGUUCAUCCUGUACCCAGAAGCCAUCUCCACACUGUCGGGGUCCACUUUCUGGGCUGUGGUGUUCUUCAUCAUGCUCCUGGCUCUGGGAUUUGACAGCUCAAUGGGAGGCAUGGAGGCGGUCAUCACGGGCCUGGCUGAUGACUUCCAGGUCCUGAAGCGACACCGGAAACUCUUCACGUUUGGCGUCACCUUUAGCACCUUCCUCCUGGCCCUGUUUUGCAUAACCAAGGGUGGGAUAUACGUGCUGACCCUGCUGGACACGUUCGCGGCCGGCACCUCCAUCCUCUUCGCUGUGCUCAUGGAAGCCAUCGGCGUCUCCUGGUUUUACGGUGUGGACCGGUUCAGCAACGACAUCCAGCAGAUGAUGGGGUUCAGGCCGGGCCUGUACUGGAGGCUGUGCUGGAAGUUUAUCAGCCCCGCCUUCCUCCUGUUCGUGGUGGUGGUGAGCAUCAUCAACUUCAAGCAGCUCACCUACGACGACUACAUCUUCCCGCUCUGGGCUAACUGGGUCGGGUGGGGCAUCGCGCUCUCCUCCAUGACGCUGGUGCCCGCCUACGUGGCCUACAAGUUCCUGAAGACGCGGGGUUCCCUGUGGGAGAGACUGGCCUAUGGCAUCACACCUGAGAACGAGCACCACCUGGUGGCCCAGAGGAACGUCAGGCAGUUCCAGUUGCAACACUGGCUGGCCAUCUGAACCGGCCCCGAGGAGGACGGCCGUGGCGCCAGCGCCCAGGCCGAGGUGUCGGCUUCGCUCCCGCCUGGAUGCUGUCCAGGGGCUCCUCUCCGGCAGGUGCCCUUCCUGACGCCCCUCCUCUCGUCCCCUUUCCAAAUGAUGCCGUCGUCUGGUUUCCCCUCACCUUCUGUUCGUCGGGCCUGGGGGCUGUGAGCUUUGACUGGCGAGCCUCACGGGCGAAGAGGACAGGCGGGAACAGGACCAAAGGACUUUAUG